UAGUAGUUCUAGUUCGAGUUCUUCAUCUUCAGUGUUGUUUAGAAUCUCACGGAAGAAACUAUUUCCGUUCGCGCUCGCCUCAGUCUCAGACAGUCUAUGAAUGAACCUAUGCGAGUGCGUGUAAAGUUGUGAAAUUCCAAAUAGAAUUUUAAUGUGGAUUCUUAAUUAAAAAUAUAAAUUUGUGGGUUUAUUUUUGUUUGUUUUAUUGUUCUGCCAUACAUAAAACACCAAAGUAUGGCUUCAUCAACUACAGUUAGAGUUUUGGAAAAACAUCAAUAUAAACAUCAAGAAGCAGACGAGGUGAAGGAGGGAGAAGAAGAAGAAGAUGGGACAUUUCCAAAAGCCCGUCAUGUAUUCGGUUUUAUGGGAUUCCUUGGGUUCGCCGUUGUGUACUCGAUGAGGGUGAACUUGUCGGUAGCCAUCGUUACGAUGGUCAAUCAGACGGCAAUUCCUCACGUCAAUUUGACAGAAGACGACCAGUCUUGUCCAAUAAGUCCCUCGUUGUCGUCAAACCAAACAACAAAGCCCCGCCAGCUGCAAGGCGAGUUCGAAUGGGAUGAAGCAACACAGGGCCUUGUAUUGGGGUCGUUUUACUAUGGCUAUAUGUUGACACAGAUCCCGGGAGGACGGUUGGCCGAGCUCUAUGGAGGCAAACUAGUCUAUGGACUUGGAGUGUUUAUAACUGCCGUUCUAACUCUAUUAACACCACUUGCUGCUCGCUGGAACCUCCCAGCCUUGGUGGCUCUACGAGCGAUUGAGGGUUUGGCCGAGGGGGUGACUUAUCCAGCAAUACACGUCAUGGUGGCCAAUUGGGUUCCACCAUUCGAAAGGAGCACCUUUUCGGCGGUGGUCUAUUGUGGGUGUAAUAUAGGAACUGUAAUUUCACUCCCUUUAGCCGGUUGGUUGUGCUCGUUGGAGUUUCAGGGAGGAUGGCCGUUGGCCUUUUACAUAUUCGGAAUACUCGGAAUGAUUUGGUUUGCUUUCUGGAUGUGGCUGGUUGCAGAUAGCCCAGCCAGGAGCAACAGGAUUUCGGAGAAGGAGCGCAAUCACAUCGAGCGAGCUUUAAGGUCUGUGAAAAAAAUUGAAGAUGACGAUGAUGAUGCUGAUGCGAGAAACAUUCCUUGGCUUGCUCUACUGACCUCCCCACCUCUGUGGGCCAUAAUGGUAACUCAAUUUGGCUGGAUGUGGACUUUUCUGACUCUCAUCACUGAACUUCCCACUUACAUGGAUCAGAUUCUUCAUUUUGACAUUCAAUCCAAUUCGGCGUUGAGUGCUCUUCCCUAUUUCACGGCAUGGAUAAUGGGAAUUUUGUGUUGCAGCUUUGCAGAUUGGCUGCUCAACAGGAAGUACAUUAGCCUGCUGAAUUCCUAUCGUCUGUGGAAUUCAGUGGGAUCGAUAAUCCCAUCGAUUGGUUUGAUUGGGGUGGCAUAUGUGGGUUGCAGUGGCACUUGGGUGAUGUUCAUGUUGGCUGUGUUAGGUGCAUUCAAUGGAGCUACUUAUGCUGGUUUCCAAAUGAACCAUAUAGCCUUGAGCCCGAAAUACGCUGGCACUGUGUAUGGAAUAACAAAUACGGCGGGCAGCAUGUCGGGAUUUUUGGGGCCCUACAUCACGGGUUUGGUUAUCAAUGGAAAUAAUACACUGGCCCAAUGGAGAUAUGUGUUUUAUUUAGCUGCGGUGGUGAGUUUUAUUGGGAAUGCAUUUUAUUUUGUGUUCGCGAGUACCGAGGAGCAAAGUUGGUCGAUUAAUUCUAAGAAAUCGAAGGAAAGGGCAGAAACUGAGAAGUUUUUGGCAUCGACAUGAACAAAAAUACCCUCUACCGUUAUUUUGACAUGAAGAGUAUUGUGAUUUAUUUACUUAACUUUGUAUCAUAUUUGUACCAAUGAAGGCUUUACAUUCUUUUCUGUAUGUUUUUGUUACUUAAAAAGAUUAAUUUUUGUUUAUUAGUACCUUUUUAUACUUUUACUUUAAUUCAGUGUCGAUUGUAAAUGCCAAAAAUAUACACAAACAAAAAACAGUUUAAUAUUAAAAUACUUUUGUAUGUUUAUACAUUUUUAAAAGAGUAAUUUUUAAACCAUGCGUAUUAGUACCUGCAUAAAAUGUACAAAUUAAUUGAAAACAAAAUAAAUUACACGUAGGUUUGAAUGAUAAUAAUAAUUAUUUUAUACACAACAAUUAAAUAUGGCUAAUAAAAUAUUAUUUUAAAAUAUA